CGCGAGCCACUCCACUCCUUUGCAGCGAACUUCGAAUCAUACACCGUCCUGAGAACGCCUUAAUAUCAGCAGCAGCGCGCGCCUGCGCCAACUCUCGAAAAAAUGGCCGACCUCAGCGAGUUGUUUUCUCGCCUCAAGCAACAGAGCCACGAACAACCAGCGCCAUCGCCAGCGCCAGCUGCACCGCCAUCAUACGAGCAGCCAGCAGCGUCAUCGCCCUUCAUUUCGCUGCCGCCGCACACUCUCAAUUCUCAGCACGCGUCGAACGUCUUUGGUUCCGCCAAUCCAGCACCAAACGCCGGCCCAGCAGCUGGAUCUGACAAUCGCACAAAUAACCUGCUGAACCUGCUCAAGUUCAACGGCGGGUCAAGCCCGCAGCCGCAACAGCAAUCUGAGACGGGCGCAAUGGCGGGCCUUACGAAUGUCACGGCGAAUCGCCACGCUUCAGUUCACAUCCCCGUCGCGCCACAUCGGGAAGGCGUGCUUCCACGCCCUGAAGGUCGACCAUUGUCUGCUGCGGACGUCAUGGUUAACCUACAGCGCUCCUCUUCUGGCAACGCCGUGAGCCAACGCAACCUAUCAGCACACAACGCUGAGGAGCUGAGAUCGAAAUCCAGCGGCAACCCGCAAGACUUUUUGCUCGGCUUGCUGAAGGGAUCCAAAGCACAGACACCCUCAGCUACGCCGAUCGCCCUACCAGAAUCGCGGAAUGGCAGGACACCCAAUCCUCAAGCAGACGUUGAUGAUCUAGCGAAACAGUUUGGACAAGCCUCCGUUGGCUCGACGCAAUCAGCACGGGAGUCCACCCCAGCACGCCAGUUUGGCAGCCCAGCCGCGAGCACCACCGCAUUCGAGGCCCCUCCUACCAACAAGGCCUCCAUGUUCAGCUACGUCAACCCUUUUGACCAAUUGCACACCUCGUCACCGCUGAACAGAUCUCGCACCCCGCAGCCAACGGAACAGACUGCCGCUCCGAGGAAGAUUGAGAUCCUGAAACACAAUCGCAGUUCUUCAUCCACGCAGAACGGUGACGCUUCUCAGCCAGCAUCAAAGAGCAGGAAGGUUGAUAGUGAUACAUCAUCCGCCGAGAUCAAGAGCGUGUCUAAGAAGCUCGAGAAUGUGGGAGAAAAGGUGGAGCGACAGGUUGCACACGCGCUCAAGGCUGCUGACAGCCGAGAGCCAUUGGUCAGCAGCGAUGAGCGGAUGAAGAAAGAGACUGCCAACAACGAAGAUGUGGAGUCGAACUGGGAGAGCGCCGAGGACGAUGGCAAAGCGGAGUACAAGGUGGAGGUGCACAACUUUCCUAUGAAGCCCUUUGUGUCGAUCCAGGUUCGCAGUCCCAAGCAUGCCCGGCCGAUAAGACAAGAGAACUUCAUGGUCAUUGCACAACUCAAGAAGGAAUUCGACCAGAUCGAUCGCUCUCUCGUCACCGCCAGUCAGACACACAUUGUCUACGCACAGGUCGCCACAAAGAAGGACAAUGGUGGCUUCCGCAUCAUUCGACAAGACUCUGGCGAUCAUAAGCAAGUUUUCCGGUCGAGCGGUGAGCGCAUUUUCAAUGUUCAGCUUUGCUUGUCGAGCGAGUCGGGCAACGAUGUGGAGACCGUGCUCGGAACUGGUGUGAAUGGCUCCGUCUUCUGGACGUCGCUAGUCAAGUCACGAGGAGACUCUUUUGCGGACGACGAUAUUGAGGCUCGUGGCUUUGUGCUUCCAGCCGUGGCAACGCCCGAAGAGAAUACCAGUGGAUCACCAGUCAAGACACGUGCCAAGAUGAGCUCCCGUCAUACCGACUACUUCGCCAUUGCACGUGGUAAACACAUAUUGCUCAUCGCGCCACGAGUUGUGAAGAAUCGCACAUAUACCGACGCUGCCACGCACCGAGUGGAUAGCGAGAAGUACUUUGCAGAGCAGGGCCUGAGAAUCAACACUGGAAAGGCCGGCAAAGACUUCUGUUUCUCAGAGGACGAUACAGUCAUAGUCAGCCUUGAUAAGGUCGGGCGUUUCAAAUUCUGGGACAUUCGUGACCUCACCUCCCAGGCAGAGAAGAGAAGUUUCGGGUCUCAGACGCAUGACCCCAUCGAACUACGUGAGCCAAUAUGGCAGAACACUGCUAUCACUUCUGGCAGCAAGCCCGAUGAGAAGCCAUCAGUGUCGUCAAUCAUGUUCCUCGACAAAGAGAAGCCGGUCAGCCGUGGUUCAGCACUUCGGUACAUGAUUGUCGGCUUCAAGCAGAACCACAUCUUACAGCUUUGGGACCUCGGCCUCGGAAAAGCUGUGCAGGAGAUCCGCUUGCCUCACGAGAAGGACAGUGACGGCAUCUGUAGCUUGACGUAUCACCCCAAGACUGGUAUCGUCGCCAUCGGCCAUCCAACCCGCAACAGCAUAUACUUCCUGCACCUCAGCGCGCCAAAGUACAACAUUCCUAUCAUGGAUCAGGCUCGCUACAUCAGCAUGAUCGCGAACAAUGACCCAGUUCUGCCCAAGCCGGAGAGUACUGCUAUUAUGAGUGGACUUAGGGAGUUCUCUUUUGCCAAGGUGGGACAGCUCAGAAGCCUGGAUAUGCUGCGAACGCCAGUCGACAACGCCAGUGAGGCCGGCACGGCGGAUGAGACCUUAUUUGAGUUGUACAUCAUGCACUCUAAGGGUUCUGUUGGUAUCAGCGUGAAGCGCGCCGAUCUAGGCUGGGAUCUGCACAACAAGAUGGUCAACCCUAAAGAUGCACUCAAGGAGGGCGUCAUUGAGAUGCGAGAGCUCAACUUACCAAAGCAGGCUCAUUCUCCGACAGGACGCUCCGAGCGCGACGCUACUGCUAACAAGCAGUCUACGAGGUCUACAAUCUCCAGCAGGACUGAAGCACCGAAGGCCGCGCCGGCGCCAGAGGCUGUCAAGCGGGAAAAUAUGCCAUCCCCAACGCCUCGUUCUCAUGCAAACCCACCACGGAUGAACUCGCCCGAGCCACCUAGCAAGCCGUUGCCGCAAAUUCCUGUCAACCCGCCACUGAUCACGGCCGACUCGUACAGCCACGCCGCGCUGCGUGCCAAAUCGCCAGCUGGCAGCAAAUCCAGCGAAGAGGUUCCACGCAGUGUCAUCGUCUCCCCGAAGGCGAGAGAGGCUGCCGUAGCGAAUGCUUCACACGCCUCCACGCAGGCGAAUGCGCCGAUUGCUGAAGCUGGCGACUAUCAGAGUGUGUUGACGAAGCAAUUCGACUCUCUGUAUCAGCGCAUCGAGUCCGACAAACGUGUGCAUGACGCCGCUGCUGGUGCUAAGCAGGACGCCCUGCUUCGCCUGGUGUCAUCGACGCUCACCGAGAACGUCGAUCGCAGCCUCAGCAGCAUCAUCGCCACCCGCAUCGAGAAGGAUGUGAUCCCCACUCUGACAGAAGUGACCAGCAAGGUUGUUGACCGCAAGAUCGCCGAAUCCCUUCCGCCACAGCUCAAUGCCAGCGUGGCUGCUGCAAUGAAGGCCAACCUGUCAAGCACUCUCCAGCAAGCACUCCAAGACAAGGAGGUUCACAAGGCCAUCUCUGACUUGACCGCUACACAAGUCGCCCAGCGAGUCCAGCAGCAGGUUUCUGCAAUGCUACAAAAGCAGCUACCAGAUAUGACGACCAAAGCAGCGCAGAAGAUGAUCGGGGACCUGGAGAGCAAAUUCAAUCAGCACCGCAACUCUUCCGAGGCGCAGCGGCAACAGGACAGCCUCAAAAUUGAGGAACUAUCUGGUAUUGUCCGCAGCCUCUCUGCCACCCUUCAAGGCAUGGCUGCCAGCCAGACGGCGUUCCAGGAGCAAAUCAUGAAGUUGCAGCGUGAAGCACGCUCUGGCCGUGGGGACCACACGAGAUCUGCUGCGUCCUCCCCUCCGGCCGACCAACAGGCUCCACCUGAGCCUGAAGAUUUUGAGAUCAAUAAUAUGACACAGCUACUGGUGGAUGGCAAGUAUGAAGAAGCCACCAUUCAGUGGAUCUCAUCUGACCGACAAGCCGAGAUCUUCGACAAGCUCUUCGUGCGUGUGAACCCGACCUAUCUAUCUCGAUUGUCGCCUCUCGUUGCCCUCACCGUCUCUGCUGCUAUCACUUCCAGCUUCGAGUCGUACGUGGUGGAACGUUUGGACUGGUUGUAUCGCGUGCUUCAGCAAAUUGACAUUCGCAACGAAGACAUUUUGGACGUGGCCCCAAAGAUCAUGGAUGUCCUCCAGCAGCGUCUCUCAGGCGCGUACAUGGCCAUCUCAGAGGCUUCUCCUAGCGAUCCUACUCUGAGAACCAUUAGCAACCUUAGCAAGCAGGUUCAGGAGAUCCGCCGCGUCGCACAGUGACUGGCGGUUGCAUCUAGAAAAGGCUUGGGCUUAAUGGUCUGAAUGUGCAACAUUCGGCUCACAAGGCUCACAGAGGUCUCUUCAAACUUUGCAACGGCUCUGCCAACUCAAUGGCUGGGGAUGCCCCAGCAAAUGGCGUUCGUGGUGGAGCAGAAAACAUGCAGCCACGGAAGCAGUCUACGUGACCACGACUUGUGUACUACUAUAUCAAGCGAUUCGGAACAAACUGUACAGUCUGGCCCAUACUGAGCCGGCAAAUUGUAUCAUAAAAGUAAUUCGAAGGCUGUCACAAUAGCGGUUUAUAGAUAAUUCAUCUUGUUAUUAAAAGCAUCGACAAUCUCUCUCGCAGCUUGCACAAUCUCCAGUGCUCCGGGACUAUCACUGUGGCAGCACAAGGAGACAUCAUGUUGCCCAAUGGGGAGCUCGACUUCCUCUCCCGUCACCGCCGUCACCGAGCUGUUUUCCACUUGACUCGAGACAUGUUUGUGCACUUCUUCGGCAGUCCAAGGCUUCUUCUUCCGAUCAAUCACUAAUCUCCCAUCUGCAGAAUACUUGACAUCGCCAUACAACUCCGCCGUAAACGGCAACCCCAUCUCUUUCGCCACUUCUUCAUGAAACGUCCCCGCUAAUCCAAACACUCUUGUCCCCGGAGGCACGCCUGCGUAGACGGCGCGACAAAUCUCUCGGUCGCGAUACAUCAUGCCGUAGAGGAUACCGUGGGGUUUGACGUGAUUGAGGGAGAGGUCAAAGGCGGAGAGGAAGGCUUGUAAGGCGCCGAUUUGGUAGCGUGUUAUUGCGGUUAAUUCUUCUGAGGACAUUUUGAUUUCGCGUCGACCGAAACCUUGAAUGUCUGGAAGGCCGGGAUGGGCGCCUAUGAGGAUGUUGUGUUGUUUGCAUUUCAGGACGGUCUCUUGCAUGAUGAGCGGAUCGCCGGCGUGGAAACCGCAUGCGAUGUUGGCAUGGUCGAUGAGAGGGAUCAACUCGUCGUCUGGCCCGGCUUUGAAGUUGCCGUAGCCUUCACCGAGAUCGACGUUGAUGUGCACUUUCUUCUGGAUGGGGGCCAUGGUGUGGCGAUGCUCUGGCUUGUAAGAGAAUAGUG